CAGCAAGGCGGGGGAUGCUGCAUCGCCACAGUAGUGGUCCAGCCAGUCAGCUUCCCUCUACUCUCCGACUCUCGUGUCAUCUCCACAUACUCAAAUUUGUGAUCGAAGUGCUGUGUUUAGGGCCAGUGUCCAUUUUGGAACUUAAUACUGCCGUCCGAGCUUUUACGGAUGUAACUAUAACGUGAAGAAGUAGAAGUUCACACGUCCAUCAACAAGGAGGAUGGCGGUGUUGACGCUGAAUCUCCUGCUGAGUCUGCUACCCCUGACCUUGACAUCGCAAUCUUGUAGCUGGCGGUUGACUGUGGUGGCGCCGGAGGUGGCCGUGCCCGCCAAGACGACGCCCGUGCUGGUGACGCUGAAGCAGCUUGACUCCCGCCACCACGACGCUGCCAAUGUUACAUUGCGACUCUUCCCAGACGCUUCUUCCCCCUACAAUGCUGCUACGCGACCCGUCGCAGAGACUAAUAUUUACAUUCAAGAUCAUGGUAUCAUUCCAUUCAUGAUUCCAAGGGAUGUCUCGGGAAAUGUUCUUCUGCAGGCGACUCUGGACGGAACUACUGAUGUAAAGACCACCUCAAUCAUCCAAGUGGUGGGCAUGGUGCGUGACGUCAUAGUUAGGCCCAUGAGCAAGUUUUACAAGCCUGGUGAAACAGUCGAGUUUUGGAUUCUGGCCGUGGAUCACGAUCUUGGACUUACAACAGAUGCCAGAGGAAAGGUGUUCAUGGCAGAUCCGCAAGGGACCAAAGUUGCAGUCUGGGAAGAAAUAUCCUUAGAUCAAGGUGUACAAAAGUUCUCCGUCCCAUUGUCCCAAUCUGCUACCCCCGGUUCUUGGACGCUAGGAGUGGAGGUCGAAGAUUCUGUGUUCUCGUACAGUCUCAACGUCUCGUUGUCUCGAGGGAGCAGGGAUCCGCUCACUCCAGAUCUCGUCAUUGCCGAAGAGCACUUUGUAGAGCUUCGCUUUGCACCGGAAAUGCGGCGUAGAUACAAGCCCGGCUUACCUUUUGUUGGGAAGGUGGAAGCGGUUAGCUCAGAGCGAGCAGUGCGAGUACGGGUUAAAGUGCUGGAUAACCAGACUGCCAUAUACAGCCAAGACAUCGAGAUGACGUUAGGGGAAGGUGCUUUCGUUGUGCCUGCAAUCUUAUCUGACAGUGACGUCAUUACGUUGCAGGCGGAGCUCGUGUCCGUGGCCGGGAAGGACACCGACAAUCACUACGUUUUGGCUAAAGAACCCAUUCUCAAGUGGAACUCCUCUUCUUCAUGUUACUUGCUCAUUGAAGGCAUGGAGAGGACUUUAGAGCCAACUGAUGUGGCAAAAGCAACAAUCUUGUCUUCGUGCCCUUGUGACCACGACCUGCACUAUGUGAUAACUACGGAAGGUCACGUGACAUAUUGGAGCCAAUCAGAAGCAAGCACUGAAGACCAGAACCCACCUUCGGUUGCUAUUGACGGCGCAGCUAUAUGCAGAAUGAAUUUCAGCUUUACCGUACAGACGGUGAUGGCUCCCGUCAGUCACUUGCUUGUCUACUACGUCACCAGAGCUGGGGAACCCAUCUCUGAUGUCAUAACCUUUGACGUAAAACUACUACAGAAAAAGGCCAGUGUCAACAUCGAGAAGAAGAAAGCAUGGUACCCUGGAGACACGAUGGACGUCGAGGUCGUUACUGAUGUCGGCUCCAUCCUCUGCCUCAUUGGUGGUCGAGGGGGAGAGAUACAGGAAAACAAACAGACGGAGAGUGUGGACUUCUCCCAGGCCGGACUGUCUCUGUCUCAGUACGAUUGCCUGACCACCAACAGCAGGAGGGCGAGAACCGUCCGACAUCCAGUACCCCAGGAGCCCCGUCGUACAGUCAUGCUGCAUUCGGGCUUGGAACAACUCUGGCUUUGGAAAUGUUUUAACUACACAGCCGAAGUCGAGGCAACUGGCCUUUCACUGCCAGCACCCCCUUUACCGGGAAAAUGGACCUUGUUCGCCUUGAUUCUGUCGCCCUCUUCCAGUCGUUCACUCCAAUUCUCCCCACCGACGAGUCUAUCAGUGUUUCGCCCAAUAGAAGUCGAGUUUCGAUUGGCACCCAGUAUCAACGUAGGCGAAUCACUAGAAGUUGACGUCAAGAUAGGGAACAAUGUCAACUCCUGUGUUGACGUCAAUGCCCUGUUGUCGCUGAAUGAAGGAGCCCACUUUGGUGGAGUUAACCAGCCUUUUGUGGCAGAAAAGCUCCGUUUGGGGCCUCAAGGAGCAACGUCUUUGGUUGUCAAACUAAUAGCAACAGGUCCUGGUGUCAAGAACAUGACUGUUGAAGUGUCAGCUUUCAUCAGCGAGACCUGCCAGACCAUCAGCGACUCGGGGGGCAACCGAGGCAACCACAGCCUCGUGGGGACAGUGGUACGCUCUGGGAGUCUGAUGGUGUACCACGAAGGCCUCAUCAGAACACACACUGAGAGUGCUUACUUCUGCGCUAAUGAGAAAAUGGUUAUAUCAUCACCGGAGAAAUUCCGGUACGACUUUGUGCCGGCACCCCGCAACAGGGAGGGUCUGGUGUUCGAGGUGAGGUCUGGCGGGGGGAUCCACAUCGCUCUGAGCGAACAUCAGGCUACCACACCCCUCAUGUACCAGGUUGUGUUGGGAGACUUGGACAACUCGGUCAGCUAUAUUACAAGGGGAAAGCAUGUAUACGGCGUCCAUCUGGUAAGCGCCGAGACGCGUGGAGUUCUAUCUAGCGAGGAGAGCAGGACCUUCUGGAUAAACUGGGAGCGCGGCGCUAUAUCCUGUGGAAGAGGGUUCGUCUUCCAUGCGAACACGCUGCUCAAGUGGAAGAUGGAUAAGAAAACCAAAGUCGCAUUCGUUGGUUUUGCAACUUCUUGGAGACAGAAGGCGGACUUCAGAAUAUGGAACUACAACGACGAGGCAGGGUUCUCCCAAGUCCUGCACCUGGACGUGCCCCAUUCUGUGCUGCCGGGGUCUGAGGUCGGCACUCUUCUCGUGAACGGGGGUUUAUACCUCGACGGUCUCCCCUCCACUAACCCACAGUCACUGGUCGAGUACAGCAGCCUGGCAACAGCGAUAGCGCGGCUGGCCCCAUUGAUCCUGGGCAAUAUCUCCAGUAACGCCUCGGAUGACCAACUACACACGCUUUCUACCCACAUUCAGAAUUUGCUGGUCUUCAGACAAGCCGAUGGCUCUUUUGGAGACCAUUAUAACGUGCCAAGCCAUUGGGCAACUCUUCAAAGUCUGGACAUCCUUUCUAAGGCCCAAUCUUAUCUGGGGAUAGAUCCUGAUAUUCUGUCUCAAGUAAAGGAAUGGAUAAGGAAAAGGCAAAAGAAAGAUGGCAGUAUCUCCCCGUGUGCUCUCGAAGCGAGUAUUGAUAAUGCUACAGAGAUGAAUCAGAAGAUCCAAACGACAGCUGAGACACUGAGCACCAUGAUCACAAUUGGGGUGGAGAGUGAGGAAGACAACGAACUGGUUCUCAAGGCGAGAUAUUUUCUGGAAAGAAACAUCUACCAUGUAAAUGAUGGCUGUCCUCUGGCUAUGAUGAGCCAUGCCCUGGUCCUCUCCAACAGCGAGUUGGCUAGCUUAGCUAUGGAACGGUUGGGUAACGUCUCAACUAAUGAAGAGGGGGACUUCGGCUGGCCUCGUCCACCUGAAAACACCGAUUGGCUGUACGAGGAGGGAGUGUCACAGACUAGCAAACCUGUAUUGACAACAUCAGUGACAGACUACAAGGCAUCCUUGUUUACCUUGAUGGCUUACACAUUGAAGUCAGACCUAAAGUCCGCUGAGCAGGUGGCAAGAUAUCUCUUCUACCGCUCACAUGUUCUGGACAGGCAUCCCGAGUUGGUGUUCACGGCUCUGAAGGCAUUCCACCUUUUCAACUCCUUGGCUGUUGACCCUCACCGCAGUUUGACUCUAUCUCUAGCCACAUCCGGCAUGGAACUUACAGACACUAUCGAGUUGAGAGCGGAAUCAGGUCUCCAGCGACUUCCGCUUCCGUCCUUGCCCACCAAAGUGUUUGUGUAUGCCACCGGUGCCGGAUGUGCCACCGUUCAGGGUCGAGUCAGUUUCGCCACGUAUUCUCCGCCGAAGAGUAACGCAGUUCUAGAGGUCUCAGCAGUCGUUGAGCAAGAGAUUCUUCCGGCUCUUCAAGAAAUGGACGGAAAACUUCCGAUACUCGACAUUAAGGCUUGCUUCAGGUGGAAAGGUUCCGAUCCUUCUGGAGUGAUUAGAGGAGAACUUCACCUCUUUUCCGGGUUCCAGUUGACCUGUUUCAAACCCAGCAAGCAGUUGGAGAGUUUACGCUACGGAGCGGAUGGGGACAAAGUGUGGUUCUCCCUUCUCAAUGUGAACUCAACCUGCUCUACAUGCGUAAGACUCACUAUCCAUAGCGACUUCGUGGUGCACGGCCUCAGACCUGCUCUAGCACGGGUCUACCCCGCCUUGCGCCCUGAUCUAGCCGUUGAGACUUUCUUUACUAGUCCCCUGCUGACGGACUCAGAUGAAGACUACAUUACCUGGUUCAACACUCACUCUGGCCCACCGGAAGACCAACUGGAAGAGCUCGAAGAGUGUGGGCUGCCCGAAGAAGACAGCUUAGCCUCAAAGCUAGCAAUUGUUACUGGCAAUCCGGAAGCAUUUAAUGAUGAUUUGACCUUGACAGAUGUAAUUAUACUUAGCGAUUUGGAUUCAGAAACAAACACAACAUCUUCACCGGAUGAUUCAAGUAUAUCAACCAACGAUCAAUCCGUGUCUUCUAUAAUAGAAGUCAGUACAAAUACAUAUGAAACCAAAACAACUGAAAAGGUUGAGGAACUCACUUCCGACUUGGCAAUUUCAGAAGAGCACGUAACAACUCCAUCCACAGAUAUUUCUUCAACUGUGAAAUCAAUAGAGCAGACUAUCAUAACGGAACCAAAGGCACAAACUACAUUGCCUCCAGACACCACGCCUCCGCCGAAACCAAUAAUCAAAGUUUUUCAAAAGACCGAAAAGAAUAAUGAGAAUAAGGAAAACGUAAAGAAGGUGAAGUUAGAAAACUACAAAAAAAGAGUAACCAAGCCUUUAACAAAAAGUGCUAAACAGCUAGAGGAUAAAUUUAUCAAUAAAGAAAUAGUAUUCGUUGUUCGAGAAGAACCGAGCAACUUCACUUCGUCAGUUCCAAAGAAGGGCCCAAAGCCAAUAUCUGACGAAGGAGAAAUUGUGAUUCAAGAUCCAAAACAACAGGAUAUACCUGGAGAAGUUACUAACAAUACAGAAACUGCCAAUGGGCUUAAAAGUAUUAACCACAGUAGCAUCGAUGGUGUAUCUGUAAUAAAAGAUGAGAUAGUCACUUCCAGGCCAUCUUUGCUAGAGGAAUCUGCAACUGUGGCAAAAUCUACGAGUGAAAAAGUAUUGGUUUUGGACAGAAAGGCCCUAUGGGGAAUGUUGAGAGAGGGCUCAAAACCAACAGAGAAUGUGAAAAAUGGUGGUUGAAGUUAAAAUUGAAAUUGAAAGCCUUGUUUUAAUUUACAAAUGUUCUUGUUUCAUGUGCUGCUCAUCAAUUACUUGUUGGCUGGUCAACAAACCUUUAAGAUUAUAAUUUUCCCAUCUUUGACUAUAUAAUACAUAUACGCUUUUGUUUACUCUACGUGAGAUAUGUCUACUAAAAUCAUUUUUCUUUGUAAAUAAAUAAUGAACGUUGUUAAAUUCAAAGCAACACUUACGUUAGGACAAGAACAUUUUUGGCACUAGCAAUCAUGACAAGCCAUGUGAAAUUUAACUUCGGAAUAGUUAUAUGGAAAGCUUGACAGACUAAUGAUUUCAGAAACUAUAACAAUGUUGUUAAGUUAGAUUUAAGGUUAGAUAUUGGAGGCUUGCGGCGUUUCUCAAGUUAGAUUAAGGAAGUGCUCAAUGCUUUGCUAUCAGACAAUUCUGACUUUUUACAUAAUAAUCCAAUUGCUAGUUCUGUUCUGUGUUGAUGUAGUCUUCUCAGUUGUAGAUCAUAGUUUAGAAAUGAAAUGUUUAAGUGUUUGUCUUGCUUUUGUUUUACUAUAGUAUCCCUGGUGUGAGAUUGUUAUGAAGGUUUACCAAUUUUAAUACUACUAAUACAGUAGAAACUCGUUAAUGGUGUUGUUUUUAUUUUUAUAGACAAAAGCUAUUUUUUUAGUGGUUUAGGUAUUGUUUAUCAUAAGAAAGUAAAAGUCUGCAAAAUCUCUGCAAAACAAAGUCGUAGAUAUGUAGGUUUUGCAAAAACAAGUUUUUAUGAUGUUCAGGUUGCAUCUUAUUAUAACUUUAGAUAAUAGCUUAACCAUCCAAAAAUCUUCCAUUACAUAUAUUUUAUUUUAAAAUUACAUACAUUACAGACUGAAGUGUUUAUGGUAUUCAUAUAAGACAUUAAAGAGUACAAAGUUCGUGGAUCAAGUCUUAGAUAAUUUUGAAAAUGUAGGUAUUACUUACUUUUUUAUUUAAAUAUCCUUAGUUGUUCAAAAACACUCUCCUUGUAAAAUUCAAACCGUUUCCUAGUAUUUACUUUAUUUCCAGAACCUUGUAAUGUACUUCGUUGUGAGCUUCAAAGCUAAGCAUCUUUAAUAUAGAAAUAUUUCUAACUGGCAAAGAUUACUCAAAUUCGUUGUAAAAAUAGCAAAACAUUUGCCAAUGAUCCCAUUCAAAACUCAUAUUUCCUCGGGACAGCACCUAAUUUAAAUUAAUACACAAAAUAUUUUUGAAAUGUGAUUUCUUUCACUAAACUAAAAGGCUUACUGAACUAAAUAUGAUAUAAACACACCAUAUUACUAAAUUAUUAUUUGAGCAACAGUAUUAUUGCUGAAGUUUGAUAUCGAUGUUCGGUCCAAUGAUUUCCACCUAUUAUACAAAUGUAGAAGUUAAUAAACAUAAUCAAUACUUUUUAAUGAAACAACCACUUUUAAAAAGACUACAAUACUUUAAGCUAAUUGCUAGUUGCGAGCAAAGGCUGCUAUAAAUAUUUAUCCAACAUUUUCAUCAUUAAACUACACUUUUAAUAAAAGUUAUCAAUUUAAGAGGUUAAAUGGCCUUUCAAGAUUAUUAUUAUUAUUUUCUCUUAUAAUUUUAAAUUGAAGUACUUCGGAUUUGAAACAAUUUUCUAGGUUUUAUUACAUUUUGUAAGAAAUUUUUUACUAUAUGUAUUGUAGCGUUUGUAAUUAACGCACUAUUUAACUGUAGAGUUACACAAAAAAGGGAAUUUUUAAACAUAUAAUCAAAUUUUGAACUUUUAGUACAAAAACGUCUGGUACGUAAGAAUAUAACUUGGUAUAUUAUAUGAACUAAAUAAACAUUUGAGUCAAAGAAUUAAAGUUGAUGAGUUUUCUUUUUUUGAGGUUGUCAGCAGCGAACCAGUCCGUGUUAAACAUUUGUUAAGGAUUCAAUCACUUUCAAAUUCCACUUCAAUACCUAUUAUAAAAACUACAUUUUCUAUGGGUUAGAGAUAAUGGAAAUACUGAAUUCAGAAACCUAACUCUACGACAUUGUUACACGGAGUCAAUAUCUGUUUCAGAGACAGUGGCGAGAAAUAAUAUGAGGAAUAAUGUUAUAUUAAUUGAUAUCUGAUUUAAUAAUUUGUAAUCACUCACUACAUAACUAGGUGAUUAUUUCAACUGUAUUAGUAGAUUUGCACUAAAGUAUUGACUAUACUUUGUACAUUCCAGAGAUAUUUAAUAUGCAAGUGCGUCUAUUGAGUGUUAUGCAACUGUUCAUAUAUACACCAAUAGUUUUUGUAAAUUUGCACAAACACUCUAUUUAAGACAAACAUUAUUUUCCCAUCACACGAGAAAACCGUCCAUUUAAUGUUUUUUCAGUCACUAUUUCCCCAAGUUCACGAAUACUUCAUUUACAAUUUUUUCGUCGGUUUAAUUUAAACUUUUUUGUUUUUGAAUACUUAAAUAGUCAUUUAUCAUGUUAUAUCGCUAUUUUUCGAGUAUGCACCGUAAAAAAAACUCUACGUUGCAUAAAUGUUUUGAAAUUUUGUACUCUGUGCACAAUUUCAUAUUAAAAUGCCACAGUUAAAGUUUAUCGACACUUGUAUCAAACAUAUAUAAUGCACUUUAACGGAAAUCAAUAUCGUUAUUUUUCUUAAUAAUCCACGAAUGAUGGGUACUAAUAUAGUCCUAUUAAUUUAAUAUCAAAAUUAACUAUAGUAUUUUUAUACCAUUGCAAGAUCAAUUAAUAUAUUUUAGUGAAAUUUAAAUUUUACAUUUCAUUUUAAAGCGACUAUAAAAGCACUAUUUAAAAGCAAUAAUAUAGAAAUUAGAACUAACAUCUAACUCUAUAGUACUGACUAAUGUGUACAUGAUUCUAAAAUACAUGGAUUUGAUUUCUUUAUUACAUUAGUAUUCACUCUUGCAGUAAAAUGCACUAAACUUUCCUAUAAUUGUAAAGGACAUCGACAAUUAUUUAUAAGGUAAACAUCGAUUUUAACGUCAUAGCUCAUUAGAAAUGUGUUUUCACUAUUUAUUUCUCUGGCAUAUAAAACAUAUUUUUAUGUACAUACAGUUUUACAUAGAGUUCUAUGUAAGUUGACUCGCAAUAAGAAGUAGAGCAUUAGUAUUGCUAUACACCUCAGUUGAAAGUAGGUACCUAUUAUAUGUGUAUUGUUUGUUGUGUUCCAUUCCGUUGUUUAUGCCACACUGGUUAUUGUUUAUUGUCGUUGUUUAAUCAGUCACUUUCCACAUACCCGGUGGACUGUGUAAUUGAAUCAAUGUAUAUAAUUAAUAAAUCAUCGUUAAUAACUUA